AUGUCUUGUGCACUCCGACCUGUUCUUCGGCCUGGCCAGCUACCCAGUCUACCGUCUGCCACCACAUCGACGACGUACAUUUGCCAGUCAUGUAGGCAUGCAAGACUUCUCAAAAGACCCAAGCGGCCAUACACCUUCACACAGCUCGUGACCCUGUCGGACGGCAGCGCCUUCACCAUGCGAACCACCUCUCCGACACCAGUUUACAGAUCCACACGGGACACGAGAAAUUCACCUUUAUGGCACCCCACUUCGAAAGAACUACUGAGCGUGGAGGAAGAUGAAGCCGGACGACUGGCGGGCUUCCGAGCGCGGUUCGGUACAAGCUUCGACAGCGCAAAGGGAGCGAAAAAGGGACAGGAGACAACAGAAGCCCAGGCCGAUGCUACAGUAAAAGUAAACCCUCCUUCGGAAGCCAAAUCGACAAAGGAGAUCAAGUUCGAGGACGAGCACAACGAGUUUGAGCAGGAUGAUUUCAAUAUACUGGAACUAAUAAGCUCAUUUGGCCAGAAGAACCCGUCGGAGGAGAAAGGGUCGUCGGGUAAGAAGGGCGGGAAGAAAUAG